CGAGGUUCCGAGAACUGAGGCCCGCACAGGCCUCUAGUAUGGGGAACCCCGUGAGGGGAAAUGUUACUUGGGCGCUUCAGGGGGACAGGCGGGCUCGCCGAGACACAGAGGAGACCCGGGCGGAGGCCCGCGUGCGCUGCCUGGUGCAACCAGAACGGCGCUCACCGUUUGCCAGCGUCUUUCAUUCCUUCCUUACAGGCGCAAACACUGAGCCUUGGGGAAGCUUUGCAACCAGAGAAGCGCCCCAGUCGGUUUCGGGGGGCUGCUGCAGCGGGACGCGCGGGCUCCCCAUCUUCCCGUCACCUACCUCCCACAGUAGGGCAGGCGCGACAGCUGCUGCCCACGGCCGCAAGGAUCCCGAGGAGCUGGCAGAGGCUGGCGGCCGGGGGCUCCAGGGUGCAGGGAGGGAGGAGAAUCCCGGGGUACAAGCGCAGGCGACAGAGAGCCAGGCCCGCAGCCGCAGUGGGGCGCCUGAAGAGGUCGGAGCACAGGAGCGGAGCACGGGCUGGAGAUGGGGCUGCUGCCGCUGGGGUCGGAACUGGAGGCUGGGACCAGGGCUGGGGCGGGACUGACGCACGGGGCGCACGCCCGGGCUCACGUGGCCACCCCUGGGUGGCCAUCACCUCCCUGCAGCCGCCGCGUUGUCUUCUGGCUCCCCCGCCUGUUGAACACUUCCUAAGCACCUGGGUCUAAAGUCAGUUUUCUCGCUGUGUGUCUAGUGGCGCAUGCCUUUAACCCCAGCACUUGGGAGACAAAGGCAGGCAGAUUCCUGAGUUCAAAGCCAACCUGGUCUACACAGAGUGAGUUCCAGGGCUACAGAGAAACCCUGUCUCCAGAGAUGAGAAUGUUAUGGAUUUUGUGACAUAAUUUUGAGAAAUUUAAGACACUUUCC